CGGCCAGUACAGAUUUCUAAUCAGCUCUGAUACCGCAGAGCCACUGAGCAGCCCUUAGAGAUAAGGCUUUCUUCUGCAGGGAGAAAAGGAUUUGAAAAACUACCCGCCGCAAUGGGGGACAGAAGCCCCUUCGCAACGGACAUGCUCACCCUGACCCGCUACGUUAUGGAAAAGGGGCGUCAGGCCAAAGGCACCGGGGAGCUCACACAGCUGCUCAACUCCAUGCUGACGGCCAUCAAAGCCAUCUCCUCGGCCGUGCGCAAGGCCGGCCUAGCCCAUCUGUACGGAAUCGCGGGAAGCGUGAACGUGACAGGGGAUGAGGUGAAGAAACUGGACGUGUUAUCCAAUGCUCUGGUGAUCAACAUGCUCCAGUCCUCCUACAGCACCUGCGUCCUGGUCUCGGAAGAGAAUAAAGACGCGCUUAUCACCGCCCAGGAGAAGAGGGGGAAAUAUGUGGUCUGCUUUGACCCACUGGAUGGAUCUUCGAACAUUGACUGCCUGGCCUCCAUUGGAACCAUAUUUGCCAUCUACAGAAAGACCUCAGAGGAUGAGCCUUCUGAAAAGGAUGCCCUGCAGCCGGGCCGCAACAUUGUAGCCGCGGGCUAUGCACUCUAUGGAAGUGCAACACUGGUGGCUCUUUCCACUGGGCAAGGAGUGGACCUCUUCAUGCUUGACCCAGCUCUUGGUGAAUUUGUCCUGGUGGAAAAAGAUGUCAAGAUUAAAAACAAAGGAAAGAUCUACAGCCUCAAUGAGGGCUAUGCCAAGUAUUUUGAUGCUGCCACCACAGAAUAUGUGCAGAAAAAGAAAUUUCCUGAGGAUGGCAGUGCUCCCUACGGGGCCAGGUACGUGGGCUCCAUGGUGGCUGACGUGCACCGCACCCUGGUCUAUGGAGGGAUCUUCCUGUACCCAGCGAACCAGAAAAAUCCGAAGGGCAAGCUCCGGCUCUUGUAUGAGUGCAAUCCUGUGGCCUACAUCAUCGAGCAGGCAGGAGGCAUGGCGACCACAGGCACCCAGCCUGUGCUGGACGUGAAGCCUGAGGCCAUUCACCAACGAGUCCCCCUCAUUCUAGGGUCCCCGGAUGAUGUGCAGGAAUAUCUCACCUGUGUACAGAAAAACCAGGCAGGCAGGUGCAGGUCAUGAAAUUUCCCACGAGAGAUGUGCCCUCCCUGUACCAGAAGGAGAAAUACGUGCUUGUCACCAGAGACUGGGAGUCAACACGGAAGUGGAUCUGUGUGAACAAACCUACUAAAAUAACCCUCAUCUUCUACUAGUUUUGCACCCCUCUGCCCCCAUAUACAGCUUCUAGUCACUUCCCCACAAUUACUGCCCUUAGGCCAAUCCCCUUUGUCUUGUCAUUUUUUCACAGAUUUAUUAUUUCUUUGCCUAAAUGGUAUAAAAGCUUUCACCUCUGGUCACUUCCUUGGAACUUCAUUCUCUUGUAAAAGUCCCCAUGUAUGUGUAAAAUUUAAUAAAAUGUGUAUGAUUUUCUUCUGUUAA